UUUGACCAAAAGAAAACUGUUAAUCAUAAAGAGGGUUCCCAGUUCCCACUUCCCAGCAGUUCUAACAACGAGAUAAUUAUUUGAUCACGGCAACAAGUUGAAGUUACACGCCAUUUCCUUCUUAAUUCAUCCAUCUAUUCUUCUUCAUCAUCAACAACAAACUCUCCCUCCGGGAAAAAUGAAUGAUCUGAUGACUAAAUCUUUCUUGAACUAUGUGGAACUGAAGAAACAAGCCCAAAUGGACAAUGAACCCGAUGAUCAGGACAUAGAAUUAGGCCACCUCAGCAAUGAAGAUUCAUACAGCCUCUCCCUGUUCUUCCAACAAGUUGAAGAAAUCAAGACAGACAUAAAAGGGAUCAAAGAUCUCUUCUCUGAUCUGCAAUCCCUGAACGAAGAAACCAAAACCACCCAUAGUGCCAAACUUUACCGUGGUUUGCGGGACAGGAUGGACUCGAACAUGGUCACCGUCCUCCGCAAGGCCAAAUCUGUCAAAACCAAACUACAAACACUCGACCAAUCAAUCUCCGGUCAUCAAAAGGGGACCACGGCUGACCGAAUCCGACUUUCCACCACCCACGGGCUGAGAGUCAAACUAAAGGACAUCAUGAAUGAUUUUCUUUCCCUAAGACGAAAGGUCGUCUUGGGUUACAAAGAAGACCUUAGAAGACGGUACUAUAAUGCCACUGGGGAGUUUCCAAGUGAAGAAGUGAUCGAGAAGAUGGUUUUGGGAAGGGAAGAUGUUCAGAUUUUCGAGACGAAAGUGGAGAUGAAAGAGGAGAGCAAAGAGAGGCACGAGGGCGUGAUGGAUAUCCAGAGGAGCUUGGAUAAGCUUCAUCAGGUGUUUCUUGACAUGGCUGUCAUGGUUGAGGCUCAGGGUGAGCAGAUUGACAAUAUUGAACGCAAUGUCGCCACUGCCGGAAGCUACAUCAAUGGUGGAACACACAACCUCUUCUACGCUAAACAGAUGAAGCGAGGGGGGAGGAAGAUGCUGGUUUACUGGAUUUUCUCCGUGUUGGUUAUUGUCUUGCUGGUCUGCAUCAUCAGCCUGUUAAGUUCCUGAGAUGGGAGAAAAAAGUGAUCUUGAUUAUGGUUUCUUUUUCAGGCAAUAAAAAAGUUCAGGUUGAAGCUGCUCUUUUGUAACCCGGCUUGCGUCCGACUGUAUUAAGAAUUCAUUUGAGGGAUUGUUCAAGGCUUAUUAAUAUUCGAUUAUGAAGAAUGCCUACUAUAUGACACCCCCCUAUUUUAGUGUGUAAAUGUUGUAAUAAUUAGAUAUAGGGUAGAUUUAGGGCACCACAGGCUCCCCCGGUACAUGCUACAGG